CCGCAAGGGAAGUCGGAUGGGUUCGACGACUUCUUGUGGUAUACACUGAGAGAAGAGCGACCAAUAUAGGAUUGGUUUUCUGCCGAAAACUAUCCCGUCGUUACGAAUGGGAGUAAUGGGCCAGUAUCGAUGUUGGAAGGUUACAAUGUCGCUUGUCUGUCGAAGUGAACCGUUUCCGCAGCCACCAGGACUUCCCUUAGCGCAAGUGCCGGAUCGAAGCUGUAUACAGGGAAAGGAAUGUGAAGCCCAAAGGAGGGUAAAGAGUGACAGGCGCUCGCUGAGCAAAGCUUGGGUGAAAGGAGUGACUGGAAGGGACAAUGGGGAGCAAGGGAAGGAGGGAGAAAGGGAGAGAGGGGCAAAAGGAGGGAAAAGGCGGCAAAAGGAGCCGUCACGAUGGUCUUGUAGGGGGGAGAUGAAGGAAUGCGCGGUGUUCAACGAGGUGAAACCCAAAUUAGCCAGCCAGGGGCCCUGUUCUGCAAGGGGCACAAACGCGCAGCUGAAACGAUCGGCAAAGGGGUUGGGCAGGUCAACUUGGCAAGGCUCAUCAUGCAGGAACACGAUCCAUUCAUCCUGCAUCCUGUCGCUCUUCGCUGUGAAGGCUGGGAGAGGGGUUGGCUGUUGGCUGAUGAGGACGAGGGCGCUUGAAUCUCGGGGGUCACCACCGUCGGUGAGACCCUCAAUUGCCGUAGAGCAAACCAUCUACUCCGUACACAGUAUACAUGUCCAUCGCUGUAGCACUGUGAGCACAUCGUCAUAUCCCGCCCAACACUUUGUCACUGGAGCUCAUCCCAAAAGCCGGCGUGCCCCUGUUGGUGAUGACCGUCGCAAUCUCUUAGUGUCCACAAAGGUCCUGGCGCGACUACGAAUCAUGAUGGCAUUGAAGAGGACGCCACGCCGUCUCGUGAGAUGAGAUGUGGUUCUGGUGAGGUUGAAGGGGUUUGCUUGUUGGUCUUCUGCUGCUGCUCUCCACAAGGACAAGAGGAGGACAGUACGGAGUAUUGGGCGAUGCAGUUGUCCACAGUGGGGAAGAAGGA